UCCGUACGUCUCCCGUCCCCGUCCCCGUCCCCGUCUGUUAAUUCUCUCCCGCUAGACUGGAUUCCCAGACUAACAGUCCGUGAACCAGCUACCUCUGUGCCGGGACCGGUCCCGACCGUGAUCCGUACGUCUCCCGUCCCCGUCUGUUAAUUCUCUUCCGCUAGACUGGAUUCCAGACUAACAAUCCGUGAACCAGCUACCCCAACAGAGUAUCAAACCGUUGGCGAAACAGGCCACCGCACCCUAUGGGUGACCUUCGCCCUCAUGGUUCUCUCGUCGGGCCUCUUUGCCCUUUUGUCGUGGAACGUGCCGACUUCGAAGCGUCUCUUCCACGUCAUCACGACGCUUAUCACCAUCGUCGCCUCGCUCUCGUACUUCGCCAUGGCCACGGGCCACGCCACCACGUACAACUGCAGCACUGUCUGGGACCACCAUAAGCACGUGCCCGACACGUCGCACCAGGUGUGUCGCCAGGUGUUCUGGGGCCGCUACGUCGACUGGGCCUUGACCACGCCGCUGUUGCUGCUGGACCUGUGUCUGCUGGCCGGCGUUGAUGGCGCCCACACGCUCAUGGCGAUUGUGGCGGACGUGAUUAUGGUGCUGGGCGGCCUGUUCGCGGUGCUGGGAGAGGAAGGAAAUACAGCGCAGAAGUGGGGUUGGUACACCAUUGGUUGUGUCUCGUACCUCUUCGUCAUUUGGCAUGUGGCGCUUCAUGGCAGCAGGACUGUCAGAGCCAAGGGACGUGGUGUCUCGAGGCUGUUUACCGGUUUGGCCCUGUUUACGCUGUUGCUGUGGACUGCGUAUCCCAUUGUUUGGGGAAUCGCCGAUGGUGCCCGCAAGACGAGCGUCGAUACCGAGAUCAUGAUCUACACAGUUCUCGACCUCCUUGCGAAGCCCGUCUUUGGCUUCUGGUUGUUGCUUAGCCAUCGUGCCAUGCCCGAAACCAAUAUCGACCUUGACGGCUACUGGUCUCAUGGCCUCGCUACUGAGGGUAGGAUCCGCAUCGGUGAGGAGGACUAAAGGGCGACGGUCGAAGAUGAUGAUUAAAUAGUGCGAGAAAUGGUGGUGUAGGUUGUCGGAAGAUGUCUUGGGUCAGGGUGUGAUAGGGCUAUCUGAGAGUCAUGGAGUGUAUGGGUUCAUGAAACAACUCGCCCGUGGGUGUUUGAAGGCCGCACUGAAGGCUGAAGGCGGUUGUGGUCAUGGUAUUACGGUAAUGCUCGAAUAAGCAAACGUUUUCUUUGGCAGUCAUUUUUUACUACGGUUAAAAGUGUGUAUAAUAGUAAUAACGGCUCAUCUCCGAGUAUACCAGCGAGAGCAACAGAUAAAAGAUUGCAUUCGAACAAAAA